AUGGGCCAGGAGUACUCGGCGCCCAGCCCCGGGGCCAAAUUUCAAGUCAUAGGCGCCGGUCUCCCGCGCACCGGGACGGCCUCCUUCUCCGCGGCCCUCGCGAUCCUCCUCGACGGGCCCGUAUACCACGGCGGCACGCAAAUCACACUCGGUCCCGAGCACGAGGUGAAGACCUGGCUGCGCGUCGCGGCGCAAUGGCCGCCCUCGACGCGGGCCUCCCGCGAAUCUGUCAAGUCCCUCAUCGCCGGUCGCCUGCGCGGCUUCGUCGCCACAACCGACUACCCUGGCCUCAACUACGUACAGGAACUGGUCGAGCUGUAUCCUGACGCCAAGGUUACCUGCACAGUGCGCGACGUGGAGUCCUGGCAGAAGAGCAUGGCCGUCGUGGGCAACGCGGCGACCAAGUGGUUCAUGAGAAUUCUCUUCCUGCCCAUGCCGUCGCUGAGAUACUUCCCGGCAUUCAUCGACACGGUCAAGGACCAGUGGCACGGCCGCUACGGGGAGACGGCGUCACCGUCUGAGGCUACGUACCACAGGCACAUGGAGUGGCUGAGAGAGGUCGUGCCGGAGAAAAGAUUGGUGUUUUUUGACGUCCGGGAUGGCUGGGGCCCCCUCUGCGAGAUCUUGGGCGUCGACGUGCCGAACGUGCCAUUUCCGAGGGUCAACGAUGGGGAGGCCAUUGCGAGGUCGGCCGCGAAACAGUUUCGGCGGGCGCUCCGGAGAUGGAUGCUGAUUGCUGGUAUUAUCGCGUGCGUCGGGUACGGAGUGACGUGGAUGAUGAGAUGA